AUGCCGCCUAAGCCGAAGCAACCGGAAGAGGAACCGGAUCCAACCCCGUAUCUGUUCGUCUCCCUUGAGCAGAAGAGAAUCGAUCAGACGAAACCGUACGAUGCGAAAAAGGCGUGCUGGAUACCCGAUGAGAAAGAGGGUUACCUCCUUGGUGAGAUCAAGGCUACCAAGGGUGACAUCGUUUCCGUUGGACUGCCCGGUGGCGAGACCAGGGACGUGAAAAAGGAUCAGCUGCAGCAAGUAAACCCACCGAAAUAUGAGAAAUGCGAGGAUAUGUCGAAUUUAACUUACCUCAACGAUGCUUCGGUCCUCCACAAUCUGAAGCAACGUUACUACGCCAAACUUAUCUACACCUACUCUGGCCUGUUCUGCGUAGCUAUUAACCCAUACAAAAGAUUCCCCGUGUACACCCAGAGGUGCGCAAAACUUUACCGAGGCAAGAGGCGUAAUGAAGUGCCACCACACAUUUUCGCCAUUUCCGACGGUGCCUAUGUCAACAUGCUUACCAACGCCGAAAAUCAGUCUAUGUUGAUCACCGGUGAAUCUGGUGCCGGAAAGACUGAGAACACGAAGAAGGUAAUUGCGUACUUCGCGACCGUCGGUGCCUCGACCAAGAAGUCCGAGGAAUCACAAAAGAAGGGCUCGCUGGAAGAUCAGGUCGUCCAAACCAACCCCGUACUGGAAGCGUUCGGUAAUGCCAAGACCGUGCGUAACGACAACUCCUCGCGUUUCGGUAAAUUCAUCCGUAUCCACUUCGGACCUUCUGGAAAACUGGCCGGUGCUGACAUCGAAACAUAUCUGCUGGAAAAGGCCCGUGUCAUCUCCCAACAGAGUUUGGAGCGUUCUUAUCACAUCUUCUACCAGAUGAUGUCCGGUGCUGUUCCUGGAUUAAAGGAGAUGUGCCUCCUCUCGAACAACGUCACCGAUUACUACUACGUCUCUCAGGGCAAGACUACGAUCCCAAAUGUCGAUGACGGCGAGGAGUGUACUUUGACCGACCAAGCCUUCGAUGUGCUGGGCUUCACGCAAGAAGAGAAGAACGACAUUUACAAGAUCACCGCCUCUGUAAUGCACAUGGGUGGCAUGAAAUUCAAGCAAAGGGGUCGUGAAGAACAGGCUGAAGCCGACGGCACUGAGGAAGGUGAACGUGUCGCUAAGCUGUUGGGCUGCGACUGUGCCGAUCUUUACAAGAACUUGUUGAAGCCGAGGAUCAAGGUCGGUAACGAGUUCGUGACACAAGGUCGUAACAAGGAUCAGGUACUGUACUCCGUGGGUGCCAUGUCGAAGGCCAUGUUCGACAGGCUGUUCAAGUGGCUGGUCAAAAAAUGUAACGAGACGCUGGACACCAAACAAAAGAGGCAGCACUUCAUCGGUGUACUGGAUAUUGCCGGUUUUGAGAUCUUCGACUUCAACAGCUUCGAGCAGCUCUGCAUCAACUUCACCAAUGAGAAACUUCAACAGUUCUUCAAUCACCACAUGUUCGUCCUCGAACAAGAAGAAUAUACGAAGGAGGGCAUUGAGUGGGCGUUCAUUGACUUCGGCAUGGACUUGGCCGCUUGUAUCGAACUGAUCGAGAAGCCUAUGGGUAUCCUCUCCAUCCUUGAGGAAGAAUCUAUGUUCCCGAAAGCCACUGACAAGACCUUCGAGGAGAAAUUGAACAACAAUCAUCUGGGCAAGAGUCCUAACUACAUGAAACCCAAGCCACCGAAACCAGGCCAGGUGGCUGCCCACUUCACCCUGGGCCAUUAUGCUGGCAACGUACCAUACAACAUCACGGGCUGGCUGGAAAAGAACAAGGACCCGCUGAACGACACGGUGGUCGAUCAAUUCAAGAAAUCUUCGAACAAACUGUUGGUCGAGAUCUUCGCUGAUCAUCCCGGACAGUCCGGUGAUGCCGGUGGCGGCGGUGGUGGCAAAGGUGGACGUGGUAAGAAGGGUGGCGGUUUCUCGACGGUGUCGUCGUCCUACAAGGAACAGUUGAACAACUUGAUGACAACGCUGAAAGCCACUCAACCCCACUUCGUCCGUUGCAUCAUCCCUAACGAGAUGAAGCAGCCGGGUGUCAUCGACUCUCAUCUUGUCAUGCACCAGCUGACUUGUAACGGUGUACUUGAAGGCAUCCGUAUUUGUCGCAAAGGAUUCCCUAACAGAAUGGUCUACCCUGACUUCAAACUACGGUACAAGAUCUUGGCACCGCAGCAGGUCGAGAAGGUGGGUAAUGACCCGAAGAAAGCUGCUGCAGCGAUCUUGGAGAAUAGCGGUCUCGAUGCCGAACAAUACCGUCUUGGACACACCAAGGUAUUCUUCCGAGCCGGAGUGUUGGGUCAGAUGGAAGAAUUGCGUGACGAACGUCUGAGCAAGAUCGUGUCUUGGAUGCAAGCCUACAUCAGAGGUUACCUGACCAGGAAGGAUUACAAGAAACUCCAGGAACAGCGUUUGGCCUUGGUCAUCGUGCAAAGAAACCUGAGGAAGUACCUCGUACUCCGCACUUGGCCAUGGUGGAAACUGUGGCAGAAAGUCAAGCCUCUCCUCAACGUCACUCGUAUCGAGGACGAGCUUGCCGCGCUCGAGGAGAAAGCGAGGAAGGCUCAGGAAGCAUUCGAGAAGGAAGAGAAACUGCGAAAGGAGCUUGAAGAACAGAACGCGAAACUCCUUACGGAGAGGAACGCCCUUCAGAGAACACUCGAUGGCGAGAAGGGUUCCCUGUCGGAGUACAUGGAGAAGUCGUUGAAAUUGGCUGCACAGAAGGCCGACCUCGAGUCACAACUUCAGGAUCUAAACGACAGAUUCAAAGAAGAGGAGGACACGAGGAACAAUCUGUUCCAAAAUAAGAAGAAACUCGAGCAGGAAGUCGCGGGUCUCAAGAAAGACAUCGAGGAUCUCGAGCUGAACCUGCAGAAGUCAGAGCAGGACAAGGCGACGAAGGAUCACCAGAUCCGCAAUUUGAACGAUGAGAUCGCGCACCAAGACGAGCUGAUCAACAAAUUGAACAAGGAGAAGAAGAACCAAGGCGAGGUCAACCAAAAGACUGCCGAAGAGCUCCAAGCUGCCGAAGACAAGGUUAAUCACCUUAACAAAGUCAAGGUGAAACUCGAACAAACUCUCGACGAACUCGAAGACUCCCUCGAACGUGAAAAGAAAUCACGAGCCGAUGUUGAGAAAGCUAAACGAAAGGUGGAGGGUGACCUGAAACUCACACAGGAAGCCGUUGCCGAUCUCGAGAGAAACAAGAAGGAACUCGAACAGACCAUCCAACGUAAGGACAAGGAACUCUCGUCUUUGACUGCCAAACUUGAAGACGAACAGUCCUUGGUCGGCAAACUGCAGAAACAGAUCAAGGAACUGCAAGCUCGUAUCGAAGAACUCGAAGAAGAGAUUGAAGCUGAACGUGGCUCUCGCGUGAAAGCUGAGAAACAGCGCAGCGACUUGGCACGAGAACUCGAGGAACUUGGCGAGCGUCUCGAGGAAGCUGGUGGUGCUACCUCCGCUCAGAUCGAGCUCAACAAGAAGAGAGAAGCCGAACUUACCAAGCUGCGCAGAGACCUCGAGGAGGCUAACAUCCAGCAUGAAGCCACCCUCGCCAGCUUGCGCAAGAAGCACAACGACGCCGUCGCCGAGAUGGGAGAACAAAUCGACACCCUUAACAAACUCAAGGCUAGGGUUGAAAAGGAGAAGGUUCAGUACUUCAGCGAAUUAAAUGACAUGCGCGGGUCCGUAGAUCAACUGAGCAACGAGAAGGCUGCCCAAGAGAAGAUCGUGAAACAAUUGCAACACCAACUGAAUGAGACCCAGGGCAAACUCGAGGAAGUGAACCGCACUUUGAACGACUUCGAUGCUGCCAAGAAGAAGCUGUCGAUCGAGAACAGCGACUUGCUCCGUCAAUUGGAGGAGGCCGAGUCUCAGGUCAGCCAGCUUUCCAAGAUCAAGAUCUCGCUGACGACCCAGCUCGAGGACACGAAACGAUUGGCGGACGAGGAAUCGAGGGAACGCGCUACUCUGCUUGGCAAAUUCCGCAACCUGGAACACGACCUGGACAACAUUCGGGAACAAGUCGAGGAGGAGGCCGAAGGAAAAGCCGACCUCCAGAGGCAGCUCAGCAAGGCGAACGCGGAGGCACAACUAUGGCGCACCAAAUACGAAUCCGAGGGCGUUGCACGUGCGGAGGAACUCGAGGAAGCGAAGAGGAAGCUGCAGGCGCGACUCGCAGAAGCAGAGGAGACCAUCGAAUCUCUCAACCAGAAGGUCAUCGCGCUCGAGAAGACGAAACAGAGACUGUCCACGGAGGUGGAAGACCUACAGAUCGAAGUGGACCGCGCGACUGCAAUUGCGAACGCUGCCGAGAAGAAACAGAAGGCCUUCGACAAGAUUAUUGGCGAAUGGAAACUCAAGGUCGACGAUCUUGCUGCCGAGCUCGAUGCCAGCCAGAAGGAGUGCCGCAACUACAGCACGGAACUAUUCAGGCUCAGAGGUGCAUACGAAGAGGGACAGGAACAGCUGGAGGCAGUACGUCGCGAGAACAAGAACCUCGCCGACGAGGUGAAAGACCUGUUGGACCAGAUCGGCGAAGGUGGACGCAACAUUCACGAGAUCGAGAAGGCGAGGAAGCGCCUGGAGGCUGAGAAGGAUGAACUUCAAGCCGCCCUCGAGGAAGCCGAGGCUGCCCUGGAACAGGAAGAGAACAAGGUGUUGCGCAGCCAGCUUGAAUUGAGCCAGGUCAGACAGGAGAUCGACCGACGCAUCCAGGAGAAGGAAGAGGAAUUCGAGAACACCAGAAAGAACCACCAGCGCGCACUCGACUCGAUGCAAGCAUCGCUUGAAGCCGAAGCCAAGGGCAAAGCUGAGGCGCUGCGCAUGAAGAAGAAACUGGAGGCCGACAUCAACGAGCUCGAGAUCGCUCUGGAUCACGCCAACAAGGCGAACGCUGAAGCCCAGAAGAAUAUCAAGAGAUACCAGCAACAACUGAAGGAUGUGCAGACUGCGCUUGAGGAGGAACAACGUGCGCGCGACGAAGCCAGAGAACUGCUCGGUAUCUCGGAGCGUCGGGCGAACGCUCUUCAGAACGAACUUGAAGAGAGCCGCACUCUUCUUGAACAAGCGGACCGCGGACGCCGCCAGGCUGAACAGGAAUUGGCCGACUGCCACGAACAGCUCAACGAACUGGGUGCCCAGAACGCUUCCAUCUCUGCUGCCAAGAGGAAACUCGAGGCCGAACUCCAAACACUUCACUCUGAUUUGGACGAGCUGUUGAACGAAGCGAAGAACUCUGAGGAGAAGGCGAAGAAGGCGAUGGUCGAUGCCGCCAGAUUGGCUGACGAACUCCGAGCUGAACAAGACCACGCUCAGACGCAAGAGAAACUGCGCAAGGCGCUCGAGACCCAGAUCAAGGAACUCCAGGUCCGUCUCGACGAAGCCGAGGCUAACGCGCUCAAGGGCGGAAAGAAGGCGAUCCAGAAACUGGAACAACGCGUCCGUGAAUUGGAGAAUGAAUUGGACGGUGAACAGAGGAGACACGCCGAUGCCCAGAAGAACCUCCGCAAGUCUGAACGCCGCAUCAAGGAACUCAGCUUCCAAGCCGACGAAGACCGCAAGAACCACGAACGCAUGCAAGACCUCGUUGACAAGCUCCAGCAGAAGAUCAAGACGUACAAGAGGCAGAUCGAAGAGGCUGAAGAGAUCGCUGCCCUGAAUCUUGCCAAAUUCCGCAAAGCGCAGCAAGAGUUGGAAGAAGCGGAGGAAAGGGCGGACCUCGCUGAACAGGCGAUUACCAAGUUCCGCACCAAGGGACGCGGAGGAAGUGCUGCGCGUGGACUGAGCCCAGCGCCACACCGACCUGCGUUCAGACCCCAAUUGGAUGGUUCCGCAUUCCCGCCACGCUUCGACCUGCAGCCUGAUGGUGAACUGUAAAAAGAUUCUGUUAUGCGACCAACUUACUCGUUUAAAAAGAAACUCGAUCGUAACAGUUUAGGAAACAAAAUCGAACAGAAGCAAAAGAAGGAAUACGAAUGAAUCGAUCGCGAGCCAGCGAACUUUCAUCGUGUCAUCUCACUAAAAUAAUAUAACUCAUCCCAUUGUCUUCGUACACACCCGCGCUACACCUUCACGCUGAAGUUUAUUAUACACAAAGAGAAUGUUCGUAACCUUGGCAAUUUGACAAUAAAAGUGGUCGAUUAAUAAAUAUCGUUACAAAGUUCUUUGAGGCAUUGCAAUACUAUAAUUAUUAUAUUUAAUCGUUACAUUGAAUGGAGUUAAUUAAUAACAGACGUGGAGGUGAUUGUUUGAGCCUUCACCAAUCGCGCUGACGGUCGAGGGACGGGAGAAUGAAAGAGUGAGAGUGGAAGAGCAAGAGAGAAGAGAGAAAGACGAGAGCCAGAUCGAUACCAAAAAGAAAUCGAAAAAAAAAAACGAAAAAAACGUGGCAGAAAGAAGAAAAUAUGGCAUAAGCGCGUAUUAAGCGGACGGAUAACACUGGAUAAUAAAAAGUACAGAAAAUAUAUACAUAAUAUACACUGUAAAACCAAAGGAUAAACAUAAAAAUAAUUGAGAUCACACGUUACAAUAAAUAGAAAAAAACGACGCUAGUCACGGAUUUGAACGGCGACGACGCGCAAUAUUAUAUACGUCAUCCAAACGAUAAUCCUAUCCUAUAAACUUAAUUGUAAUUUAUAAAGAGAGCCGAAGUAUGUAUUUAUUAAAAUAAAUAAGCAAUAAAUAAAAUUAAGAAAGAA